AUGGGUCGUGUUAAACUUGAAAUAAAAAGAAUAGAAAACACCACCAAUCGACAAGUUACAUUCUCAAAGCGUAGAAAUGGCCUCAUCAAGAAAGCUUACGAGUUAUCUAUCCUAUGUGACAUUGAUAUUGCCCUUAUUAUGUUUUCUCCUUCAGGACGUCUCAGCCACUUUUCUGGCAAAAGAAGGAUUGAGGAUGUUUUUACACGUUACAUUAAUCUUCCUGACCAAGAAAGAGAUAACGCUGUAAGUUUUCCUGAGCAACCCUACCGCAGGGGUAUUCAAAACAAAGAGUAUUUGCUUAGGACCCUUCAACAACUGAGGAGUGAAAAUGACAUAGCUCUUCAGCUAGCCAAUCCGGGAGACAUUAACUCUGAGAUUGAGGAACUCCAACAAGAAGUUAGUAGGUUACAGCAACAACUUCAAAUGGCCGAGGAGCAGAUAAGGAUAUAUGAACCCGACCCAUUAAAGAUGACAUCUAUGGGGGAGCUCGAAGCCAGCGAAAAGCACCUGGUAGAUACCUUAACACGUGUCAUACAGAGAAAGGAAUAUAUGUUGAGCAAUCAUCUAUCUUCGUAUGAUCCAUCUGGUAUUCAGCAGGGGAUGCCGACAACUUUCGAGAAUGUAGGUUGGUUGCAGGAUGGUAGUCAGAACCAUUCCCAGAUGUUUGAUACAUCCGCUCCUUUGGAUCAUCUCAGGGAUUUGUCGUCCACCGUGUACGGUUCAUUUUCACAUGGGACGAGUUCGAAUGCUGAUCCACGAGGCAUGGGAGAGUGUCACGUGACAAAUCCAAGCGAUGGGAACCUCGAAGCAUGGCCUCAAGGAUACACAUUGUAUCCUCAUCAUAUUCAACAUGACAUGAUGGGACAUGACAUGCCAGAUAUGAUGCCACAUGGGCAGGUGAAUAUCCCAAUCACUGCCUCACACGUGGAACCGCCCAAGAAUGAAUCUGCAGAAUAUGAUUCUGCUGAGUUUGGACUGGGCUUUCAUCUUGGCCUAAUGCAGCUGAUAGGCAUCCCAGUACUUAGACCAGCAUUUGCAAAAGAUACCUCUUCCAAUGGAUCGGAUGACAAACCAUACUAA